GAAAAACAAGCUGAUUUAACCCAAACAAACACGCACAGAAGAUCAUCGUUGAAUCGAUGGAAUCUCCUUGGUUCCUGGACAAUCUCAUCUUCUUCAUCCUACGUCCGCUUCUGGCCACCUCCUUCAUCGUCUGCUUCAUCGCUCUUUGGUGGUUUCUGGCAUGGAAGCUGGUACUAAGCCAUGUUCCUCUGGUACAAGAGAUCUUUGGUUUGAGGCACAAGACCUUUAUACCUAAACCUGAAUCUCGUGGGAGAAUCUCCAAAUUCUACAAAAGUAUCACUUCUUCUCAGAAUCAUGGUAAUAAUUAUUAUUUACCCUUCACUCUUUAUUUAUUCAAUACUACUACUACUGAAGCCAUUACUGUGUUUUUUGGAUUGUAG